CCACCCCACUGCACAGCCAGAUGCUUGGACUGGGUUAUAGCCAGUUUGGCCAGGCCCACAAGGAGAGCCUCCAACCUGCCCACACCAUUCCACACUGGGUGCCCAAAGAUCAAGAAAGUGUGGCUGAUAUGCAACCAAAAACAGAGCAGAAGGUACGCAGUGGGCUUUUACCACAAUGUUGCAAUGGUGUAGUAUUGGUCAGACAAUUGAGAUUUAAAUAACUGCUAAAUAAAGAGCCUUUCAUCUUUAGGAGCAACCUAAAGUCAGAAAUGUGGUUAUCCUAGAGGUAGUGCCCAAUAGGAACAAUCAAAUCUGAGUUUCAAAACGUGGCAUUUCUUUUAUCCCUGCAUGGUAGUAGUAGAGAUGAUGUUGUUAGAGAUAACACAAUGUGGAGCUGGUGGAAACACAGCAAGCCAGGCAGCAUCAGAGGAGCCGGAAAGCUGAUGUUUUGGGUUGGGACCCUUCUUAAGGGUUUCUUUCUGCUGUAUUCCUCCAGGUCCACACUGUGUUAUCUCUGACUCUAGCAUCGGCAGUUCGUACUGCCUCUGAGAUGAGGUUAUUUCUGUUCUAUUUAGAAUGGUAAAAUCACUGUUGUCUAAACUGUUGAUGGUGGCCAUUUGCACCAUUGUCAUCUGUACCCUUACAAUGGAAUUAUCCUUUUUCCCAAUUUGGUAUUUUUUCCCCUCAUUAACCCUGUGUGCUCCUGUCACUGAUCUGAAUUUAAUACCAUUUUGAUGUUAGAACAGAAUAGCAAUUUAUUGUCACAUACUUUCACAAAAAAAGUGAAAAGUUUUAAGGUGCCAUACCAUGGCACCUAAAUUAGUGACAUAAGUCAUGAGUAGGUUUGGGGUAUGUUGGAAAACGAGGCAGAAGCCACCACACAAGGGCCAAGCUGAGAUGUCCGCGCUGGGUCAGGAACUCCGUGCGGGGCCACUGGAAGACCCGGAAGCUGCCUUUGAAGCAAGAACGAAACCUUCACUCCUGGACUAGACCUUCAAGCCAGGCUGCAGGAAUACCCAGAAGCAGCCAAAGAUGACCUCCACAAGAUGAUACAAAUGUCACUGCAGGCCAAGACUGGGAGAGAGACCAUCCGGCCAAGCACCAGAAGUAUAUCACCAUUCUGGGCUGUAACGAGCCACAUCCAUGCUGGGCCUGAGCCAGGAAGAUGAUCCCCACUGAAGUCAUUAAAAGAAGCCCUGGAGCAAUGCAUUUAGUUCACUAUGCAAAACUUGGACAAGCAUCAAAAUUUGUUUUGGAAACGUUAUUAAGAAUGUCUACACUCGGGAAGGAUCUGCCAAUUUUAACAUUCUUUACCAAGGAUGAGUGCAUACUUUGUGAAGAAGCCAAGGAGGCAUUGAUCGCUUACAAACAUAGGUUUAUCCUUCAGGAAGUAGACAUUACUCUUCCAGAAAAUUCCAUCUGGUUCGAGAGAUACAAGUAUGAUAUUCCAGUUUUUCAUCUGAACGGGCAGUUUCUGAUGAAGCACCAGGUUAACUUUAAAAUCCUCGAGAAUAGACUGGCUAAGCUGGAACAGGAAUUGUAUAAAAGGACGUGAGGAUUUGAAGUGCAACUUGGUACAAGAAAAUGUAUCCACUUCUCCAUUGGUAUUAAGACUAAGUUCUUUUAAACAGUACUUGGUUAAAAUGUGAAUGCUUUAAAGUUAUUUUGUUUCAAAUGCUGCUGGACUUGAAGGUUAUUAAAUGCUUAAUGUAACAUUUUUAGAAGAAACAUAGUUGACUCUUGUUGCAGUAGCAUUGUGCCAUUCACAAACUAGCUUUGUGUACAUGAAUUUGAUAUUGUUCUAACUUCCUGCAGCUUUUUAAUUUUUCCAAACUAUUUCCAAGAUAUUAAUUUGUGAUCAUUUAUGCAUAAUGGACAACAUAGUACACAAGAAUGGGAGGCUAUUUAGCCCAUCAAUCCUCUUCAACUAUUCAAUUAGAUCGGCUGUUCUGUACUCGGAUUCCUUUUACCUCCUGUUUGUAUAUCCUUAUUUGACAGAGUUCUGAGGAAGGGUCACUGGACCUGAAACGUUAACUCUGUUUUCUCCUCCACAAAUGCUGUCAGACCUGCUGAGCUUUUCCAGCAACUUUGUUUUUGGUCCUGAUUUACAGCAUCCGCUGUUCUUUUGGUUUUGACAGCGUUCUGUCAAUUUCAAAUGAAGGUGAAAUACUAUGGAUACUGAGACCACAACUCCUGAAGAAGAGGAAGUGUCAUACUGGACUUGAAAUGUUUACUUUGUAUUUCUCUGUCGACAGAUGCUGACAGACCUGUUGAUUCUCUCUCCAGUAUUCUCUGUGUUUGUUUCUGUCAUUCUCAGUCUUGUUGGAUUUCAGUUGACAACUACCAUUCAUUGUGAGGAAGAGGCAUUCCAGAUUUACCUCCACAACCUCAUAUGAAGGAAAAUUGCCUGACAUCACUCUUGAAUGGGCUAGCUCUAACCUUUCAUUCUGCCCCUUUGUACUGGAUCUCUCUUUUGUACCACCCGUGACCUCAUCCGUCUGUAUCAUAAAUAUGUUGAGUCAGCUGAAACACCUUGAUCGCCAAAGGUCUUCCAAGUUCAAAUGAAUAUGGCUUAGUCUGUGCAACCAGUUCUUUCAAAGAAUGGUCACUUCACAAAAGAAAGCCAUUCAGCCCAUCAUGUUUCUUUGGGCUCUCCAAAGGAGCUCUUUACCUUUUGCCAUUCUCUGCUGCUCCGUGGAGCCCUUCACAUUCUUCAUUUUCAAAUAGUGAUCAAUUUCAUAAGACCAUUUGCCCUAGGAGCAGGAGUAGGCCAUACAGGCCACAUUGAGUUUGCUCUGCCAUUCAAUGAAAUCAUGGCUGACCUGAUAAAUCCUCAACUGGACUUUCCUCCCUUUUCCCCAUACCCCCUGUAUUCCUGUACUAAUUAAUAACCUGUCUGUCACUGCCAUGAACCUAUUUCAUGACCCUAUCUCAAAAACCCUUUGCAAUAAAGAAUCCCACAGAUUC